AUGGAGCCAGUCAGUUUCGCGGUUGGGCUAAUAGGGCUAGCCGGUCUUUUCAACACCCGCUUGGAACUCGUCGACAAGAUUGACUCGUGGAAAGACUUUGGAAAUGAGUCGCGCUCCUUGGUUGCCCAAUUCGAAACGCACAAAAUUCAUCUAGAAAGAUGGGGUCAGGCCGCCGGGUUCGAACACGGCCACUUGUCGAGUUACCAUCACAAGCUUCUUGAUGAUCUGCGAACGCUAUCAAAUAUUCAAACACUUCUUCUAGCCAUCAAAAAUAUCUGCAGCAACGACUCAUAA